AUGCCGGGACGUAUAAUCGAUCGCUACGAGCACGUACCUGUAACGCAGGAAGACCUUGACUGGGCCGAUCUCAUCACAUUGGACCUAAGUCUGUAUGAGCAGCCAGGAGGUAAAGAAGAGCUGGUAAAGCAGCUUGACCACGCGGUUCGAAAUGUUGGAUUUUUUUACGUGAAGAACUUCAACAUAUCCCAGGAAGAAGUCGACCGCCAGUUUGCUCUCGGAAGGGAGUUUUACUCGCUCCCUCUAGAGGAGAAGUUGAAGUAUCAUAACAAGCAUGAUCUCGAAAGCGGCGAAUAUAAUGGGUAUAGGCCAGCGGGCCAUCGAAUCCUUGGAAAUGGCGUGAAGGAUAACGUCCAAGUAUACAACAUACCCAAGUUCGAUGGCUUCCACCAGCGCCAACAACCACCUAUUCUCCAGAGUAAUAUCAAGGAGAUCGAAGCAUUCUCAAGGAAAUGCCACGAGGAAGUGGUUGUUAAGCUCCUGCGCCUCUUUGCGAUCUUACUCGAGCUCCCUGAUGAGGACCAGCUAGUUCGGGACCAUCUCUAUGACGUUAGAGGCGAAGACCAUCUGCGGUACAUGCACUACGCAGCACGAAGCCAAGAAGAGAACGCCAAGGUAGCUAACCUGUACGGGCCGGGCCACACGGAUCUUGGCACAGUGACCCUCCUUUUUAGACAACCAGUGGUUGCGCUGCAAAUUCUAAACUCGGCAGGAGAGUGGAAGUGGGUGAAGCCACAAGACGGCACUAUCACGAUCAACACAUGCGACGCGCUCACCGCACUGACGGGCGGGUUGAUCAAGUCCAGCGUGCACCGAGUGCAUGCACCACCUGCGGACCAAGCACAUAUUGACCGCCUAGGCGUGUUGUACUUUGCGCGUCCGAAUAACCACGUUGUGUUGGAUCCGAUCGCGAAUAGCCCUCUACUAAACCGACUUGGGUUGACCAGCAAUGCCUUCACAGAGCUGGGACAGCAUUUGACCACUGAGCAAUGGGUUAAGGUACGACAGACUCAACAGCAGCGACCUCGUGUCAGCGCCAAGAUUUCUACCGAUGGAAAAUAUGAGUACGAGAAGAAGGACUUGGAAAUCUUGCCCGGGCUACAUGCUCUGAUUCAUAACUGA